CGAUUUUCACCAAGGGAAGGAACCGCCACUGCCAGGCUGCCGAGGCCGCCGCUUCCCCUCCCAGCGCGGGCCCCGCAUUACAUCACCGUCGGUCGGAGUGGGGGGAGGCUGCAGCGCCUCCUCCCCGCCCCAUCCGCGGCCCCGCAGGGGGAGGACGGCGCCUCACCUGGCCCCUGAUGAGGGGCGGAUCAUGCCAUGGCAGCGCCGGCGAACGACCGAGGAGGCGGCGGCGGCGGCGGCCAGAGCCCCAGCGGCAGUCCCGGGAGCUGGGCGGGAGCCGGGAGCUCCGCAGCUGCGGGAGCCGGGGACGGCGGGGACGCGGAAGCCCGGGACGCCACCGCCACCGCCACCGGCCCUUACCACCCUCCGCUGGAGGACUACGAGUGCAAAAUCUGCUACAACUACUUCGACGCGGACAGGCGCGCCCCCAAGCUGCUGGCGUGCCUGCACACCUUCUGCCAGGAGUGCCUGACCCAGCUGCAGCUCCGCGCCGCCGCCGCGGGCGCCGCCAGCGCCGCCCCUGAGCGCGCGCCGCGCCCGCCGCCCUGGCACGGCCCGCCCGGCGCCAUCGCCUGCCCCGUGUGCCGCCACCGCACGCCGCUGCCCGACAGCCGCGUGCACGGCCUGCCCAACAACACCAAGCUCGCCGAGGCCUUUCCGCUCGCCCUGCGCGCCGCGCAAGACCCGCUGCCCCAGGACCGCCUCCCGCCGCUGCUGCCCGAGCGCCGCGCCGCGCCCGCCGCCCACCCGCCGCCGCCCGCCGGGGCCCCGCAGCCGCCGCUGCCGCUGCCGCUGCCGCCGCCGCCGCCCGCCGAGGACGCGGCCCCGGGGGCUCGCGCGCGCUCCGGCCUGCGCGGCCCGGGCGCCUACGAGAGCUGCCAGAACUGCAAGCGCGCGGCGCUCACGGCCGGCUGCGUGUGCGUGGUGUUCUCCUUCCUCUCCAUGGUGGUGCUGCUCUUCACCGGCCUCAUCUUCGUCAACCACUACGGGGGCGGGGGCGGGGGCGGGGGCUCAGGGGGAACCCCGGGAGGCGGAGCGCCCCCUGGCGCGGCCCCGGCUCCCGGAUCACCUUCCCCCUCGCCGGUGGGGCCCAUCUGCCUGUCGGUGGCCAGCAUCCUGGCGCUCUUCUCGGUCGUAGUCACCUGGAUCAUCUGCUGGCUCAAGUACCGGCCCGACGGGGCGGCCGCGGGCUCGGCGGGAAGCGGCACAGGCACCUCCAGGGGGCGGGCCGCGGCGGCGGCGGCGGCGGCGGGCGGCAGCGCGAGGAGGAACGACACGUAG